UGUACAUUCACAGACUUUAUUAAGCAAUAAAAAACAAAGGGAUUAAUGGCAAUCUUCUUGUUUCUACUGUUUUUCCCUCUCAUGGCUCCCACCUCUGUUUUCUCCUUACCAGUUCAAGACCCCGAACAAGUUGUCCAGCAAGUCAAUGAGAGCAUAAGAAAUGCUACCGUGGCGAGGAGGAGCUUGGGGUUUCUCUCUUGCGGAACCGGCAAUCCCAUCGACGAUUGCUGGCGGUGCGACCCUCAUUGGGAAAAGAAUCGACAGAGGCUAGCCGAUUGCGCCAUCGGGUUCGGCAAGCAUGCCAUUGGUGGGAGGGAUGGGAAAAUAUACGUCGUCACCGACCCCCGUGACGAUGAUCCUGUUAACCCUAAACCCGGGACACUUAGAUAUGCCGUUAUCCAAGAUGAACCGUUAUGGAUCAUUUUCUCCGGUGACAUGACAAUCAAAUUGAAGGAAGAGUUGCUUAUGAACUCAUUCAAGACCAUCGACGGCAGAGGCGCCAACGUCCACAUUGCCGGCGGACCAUGCAUUACCGUUCAGUACGUGACGAACAUCAUCAUCCACGGGAUCAACAUUCAUGAUUGCAAGAGAGGAGGGAAUGCUUACGUCAGGGACUCUCCCGAACAUUACGGUUGGAGGACGAUAUCCGACGGUGACGGGGUAUCGAUAUUCGGAGGCAGCCAUGUAUGGGUCGAUCAUUGCUCAUUGUCGAACUGCAACGACGGGCUGAUCGACGCCAUUCAUGGUUCCACCGCCAUCACCAUUUCAAAUAAUUACAUGACACAUCAUGACAAGGUGAUGUUAUUAGGACAUAGUGACACUUAUAAACAAGACAAGAACAUGCAAGUCACAAUCGCCUUCAACCACUUUGGAGAAGGACUUGUACAAAGAAUGCCCAGAUGUAGGCAUGGUUAUUUUCACGUGGUGAACAAUGAUUAUACACAUUGGAUAAUGUAUGCAAUUGGUGGCAGUGCUGAGCCUACAAUCAACAGCCAAGGCAAUAGAUUUCUUGCACCAAACACUGAAGACAACAAAGAGGUCACAAAACACGAGGAUGCGCCUCAAAGUCAAUGGAAGCAAUGGAAUUGGAGAUCGGAAGGGGAUCUAAUGUUAAACGGAGCAUUCUUCACUGCAUCCGGAACCGGAGCGUCAUCGAGUUACGCCAGGGCAUCGAGCUUGGGUGCGAGACCGUCGUCUUUAGUGAGCUCGCUAACUGCCGGAGCGGGUGCACUCGUUUGCAAGAGGGGUUCCCGUUGCUAGUGACGUUAUAUAGAUACAGUAAAGCAAUGGUGUAUACUAGUACAAGUGUACGAGUAAUAAUCUUGAAUGGAUUAUAUCAGCCUGUUGCUGUAAAAGCACCCAAGUAGCUAACGGAAACAAGAGCUGAGAAAUGUGUUUGAUAAAUUGUAUGUUUUUAGUUAAAAUCAAUGAAAGUAAUCAUUGUCGAGCA